GCGGAGUCUUGAAUUAUUAGUUACGUUUUCAUAUGAAUGUUUUAUGUUUUUUUUUUUGUUAAUUUUUUUUUUCUUCUUUUUAUUGAAAGAGACGUUGCUGUAUUUGUGCGAUAGAAAUGGCAGAUCCAGGUGAUGAUGAGAAUAUGGAGAGGCCAGAAGGGGCUGAAGGUGGUCACUCUUCAAGUGAUGAGCUUGGCUAUGAAUUGGUUGAAGAAGAGGAACUAAUAGACACGGUAUGGGAAGCGUCAGAAGUACAUCCGAAGAGAGAAUUCCCACGGAUUGGUUUUGGUAGAGGUGGAGAACAUCCUGAUGUCCCUCCACCCCGAGUCCGUCUCACAGAUCGACCAACUCGUGCGUCGUCAUCAACAGCUGCACAAACUGAUGAACCUUCGGAAGAACAAGAAAGGCCACAAGCGGAAGGUGGACAGGCCUCUGCCCCUGCGCCAGAGGAGGAACCAAAACAGAAAGUUCCCUUAAAGCGGCGGAUAUCGCAGAGUCUGCAACGAAUGAGAUUUCGGAGGUCAGGUGGCGAUUCGCCUGAAAAACGGAAGCAAAAGGAGAAAAAAAACGAUUCUUAACUUGCAAGGAACAAAGCGGACAUUUAAGCGUUGUAAAAUUUUGACUAUUUAUCAUACUCGCUUUUUGCCCAGAAAUUUUGCGACGACACCAAUGCGCAAUUGGUAUUUAUUACUAUUUAUCCAUUGUUAACUUCUGAUUACUUUUUACACAUUUUUAAUAAAGU